UUCCGGUGACGGUGUAGGACUAUGGGAUGUCAGACGACCCAUACAUUACGUUUCUUACUUGUUUUUCUACAUAAUACCAGGGAGGUUUAUUGAUGCUAUGCCAACUAUAUUCCUGGCUACAUUGUACGAGUACUCUCCUUUGGUUUAUGUCUUUGUGGUGGUUGUGUGCUUCUUAGUCACUACUGGUCUAGUGUCAGGAUGGUUUGGUAGAGAAGUUCCUGUUAUACUGAGGAACACAGAAGAAACAGUUUCUAUAAAUUAUGUUGCCAAGAAACAGAUGAAACAAGUGAAGAAUCCUUUUGGAUUAGACAUUUUUAAUCCAGAUGCAGCUUCAGUAUCCACUGGGGUUACGCUGAUGCCGAACUGUCUUGAGAACUGUGUGCUAACCUGUUACUGGGGGUGCAGCGUGCAGAAGCUGCAGGAAGCGUUACAGAAGCACGUCUACUGUUUUCCUAUCAAGAGCCCUGGAGCUUUAGAAGAUGCUUUGUAUGAUGAAUAUCUUCAUAAGGAGCAAUAUGUUGCUCAGAAACAGAGCAGAGAGGGAAUCUACAUUCAGUUGCCAGAAGACAACAAGAUUGAAAAUUUUGGUCCAGUGCCCCGAACUCGCUAUCCACUUGUUGCCCUGUUAACAUUAUCUGAUGAAGAAGACAGGGAGUUGUACGACAUC